AUGAUACUGCUGUAUGAGUUGCAAAAGCGGCUGGCCAACCUGAGACCCACCACCACUGUCGUGACUACUUCCACCGGUGCCCGCUACAUCGAACGGAGCAGAUCCUCCGGUUCGGCCUCGAGUGCGCAACAGCUAGAGUCGCGUGAAUAUGGCUUCGUCGUGGAUACCAAGCCCGACGCUGUGCCCGCCUGCAUUCUGAGCGAUUUCUUGUACCUAGGCUCGCAGGAUGCGGUGAACGCAGACAACGUUCUGAAGUACAAAUUAACGCACAUUCUAAGCAUCGGCAUACAGACGCCUGAUGUGGAAUGGCCCACGCCAGUGAAAUGUAAGUACUUGCCCUGCCUGGAUUUGCCAGAAAUCGACUUGAUGCACUAUGUCCUGCCCGUGUCCCUUGAGUUCAUCGACGAGGCGCGCCAGUCUCAUGGUUGCGUGCUCAUACACUGUAACGCAGGCGUCUCGAGAUCCGCAUCCGUGGUUAUUGGCUAUUUGAUGCAGCGACGGGACAUGUGCUACGAGGAUGCGUAUAACCUGGUCAAAUCAUGGAGACCAUGCAUUCAGCCCAAUGCAGGAUUCAUACAACAGUUAAAGAGGUCUGGUAAAACAUAGAUUUAGGUAAUAAACAGCUUGUUUGAUGUCUACUA